CCGCCCUUUGAUUGACAGGCAAGAUGUCGGUGUGGAGCGAGGCAGGAGCGAAUGCAGCAGCCGUCACCCCCGGAGCCCGGCGGCGGCAGCAGCAGCAGCAGCAGCAGCAGCAGCAGCAGCAGCAGCGCGAGGAGGAGACAGCAGCCAGCCGCAGUCGCCGCCGCAGCCGCGGGAGCAAUGCAGACAGCAUCUUGAGGACGCGCUAAAGCACCCCAAACGGUGGACAAUGCCGUGUCACUGCAACUGGGAGGGGGGCAAAGCAGAUUUUUUUUGACAUAAAAGCCAGCCAGCCAAAAAUAUAUAAAUUUGCCCUUCACGGAGCCGGUGUGUAAAGAGUGAGCGCUGUUUUCCUUCGCCUCCUCCUCUCCUCCUCCUCUCCUCCCCCCCCUUCUCCUCUUUUUCCUCCUCCUCCUCCUCCUCCCCCUCCUCCCUAAGUGUACAGACAGCAUCACAUCACCUGGUUUGCUUCUGAGAAACAGCAUCUCUCCUUUUCAGGGACCAGAGACUCAGAGAGAGGAGACAUUCUAAUGGAGUCUGCUUGAUACCCCAAAAUAAAAUAAUAAAUUUUGGCUCUUGUCCCCUCCUCCCACCCCACCCCCUCAGCCCUGUGUGAGAUGUUGGGUUUCUUCUUCAUGAGACACUGUUGAGAAGUCGCAGUGGUUGGAGAGCGUAGGGGGUAGACUACCUCUACUCCCCCCCCCCUCUUUUUUCUCUCUGGGAGGAGGAGGAGGGGAAGGGGGCUUGCCGAGCAAGCGAUGGAUGAGGAAAACAUGACGAAAAGCGAGGAGCAGCAGCCUCUGAGUUUGCAAAAAGCCUUACAGCAGUGCGAGUUGGUCCAAAACAUGAUAGACCUGAGCAUCUCCAACCUGGAAGGGCUUAGGACCAAAUGUGCCACCUCCAACGACCUCACACAAAAAGAGAUCCGGACCCUGGAGAGCAAGCUGGUGAAAUACUUCAGCCGACAGCUGUCCUGCAAGAAGAAGGUGGCCCUGCAGGAACGCAACGCCGAGCUGGAUGGCUUCCCCCAGCUCCGGCACUGGUUCCGGAUCGUCGAUGUGCGCAAAGAAGUCCUAGAGGAAAUCACCCCUGGCCAGCUGAGUCUGGAGGACCUCUUGGAGAUGACAGAUGAGCAGGUGUGUGAGACCGUGGAGAAAUACGGAGCCAACCGGGAGGAGUGUGCCCGCCUCAAUGCCUCCCUCUCCUGCCUCCGCAACGUCCACAUGUCAGGAGGCAACCUUUCCAAACAAGACUGGACCAUCCAGUGGCCCACCACGGAGACGGGGAAGGAGAACAACCCCGUGUGCCCCCCGGAGCCCACGCCGUGGAUCCGCACCCACCUCUCCCAGAGCCCCAGGGUCCAGACCAAGUGCGUCCAGCACUACUGUCACGCCAGCCCCUCGCCCGGGGCCCCCGUGUACACCCAUGUGGACAGGCUUACCGUGGACCCCUACCCGGGCCUGUGCCCGCCACCGCCGCUGGAGUCAGGCCACCGUUCCCUGCCCCCGUCGCCCCGGCAGCGGCACGCAGUCCGCACCCCGCCGCGCACCCCUAAUAUCGUCACCACCGUGACCCCUCCCGGCACACCACCCAUGAGGAGGAAGAACAAGCUGAAGCCCCCGGGGACCCCGCCGCCCUCCUCCCGGAAACUGAUCCACUUGAUUCCAGGUUUCACCGCCCUGCAUCGGAGCAAGUCCCACGAAUUCCAGCUGGGUCACCGUGUAGACGAGGCCCACACGCCCAAAGCCAAGAAGAAAAGCAAGCCCUUGAACCUCAAGAUUCACAGCAGCGUGGGCAGCUGCGAGAACAUUCCAUCUCAGCAGCGCUCGCCGCUCCUGUCGGAGCGCUCUCUCCGCUCUUUCUUUGUGGGACAUGCACCUUUCCUGCCCUCCACCCCUCCCGUCCACACCGAGGCCAACUUCUCUGCAAACACACUGUCCGUGCCGCGCUGGUCCCCGCAGAUCCCUCGUAGAGACCUCGGCAACUCCAUUAAGCACAGGUUUUCCACCAAGUACUGGAUGUCUCAGACGUGCACAGUCUGUGGAAAAGGAAUGCUUUUUGGCCUCAAGUGUAAAAAUUGCAAGUUAAAGUGCCACAACAAAUGCACCAAAGAAGCCCCACCCUGUCAUCUCCUGAUCAUCCACAGAGGAGAUCCAGCAAGGUUGGUCCGGACAGAGUCCGUCCCGUGUGACAUCAACAACCCUCUACGAAAGCCACCCCGGUAUUCGGACCUGCACAUCAGCCAGACGCUCCCCAAAACCAACAAGAUCAGCAAGGACCACAUCCCUGUCCCUUACCAGCCGGACUCGAGCAGCAACCCCUCAUCCACGACAUCCUCCACGCCUUCCUCGCCAGCACCCCCCCUCCCUCCCAGUGCCACGCCGCCUUCUCCCCUGCACCCUUCCCCACAGUGCACAAGGCAGAAGAACUUCAACCUGCCAGCGUCCCACUACUACAAGUACAAACAGCAGUUCAUCUUCCCAGAUGUAGUGCCAGUGCCAGAGACGCCGACCCGGGCGCCCCAGGUCAUCCUGCAUCCGGUGACCUCGAAUCCAAUCUUGGAAGGAAAUCCAUUACUUCAAAUUGAACUGGAGCCAACCUCAGAGAAUGAAGAGGGCCACGACGAGGCCGAGGAGUCAGAGGACGAUUUUGAGGAGAUGAACCUGUCCCUGCUCUCAGCCCGGAGCUUCCCACGCAAGGCCAGCCAGACCAGCAUCUUCCUGCAGGAGUGGGACAUCCCUUUUGAGCAGCUGGAGAUUGGCGAGCUCAUUGGAAAGGGCCGCUUCGGGCAGGUGUAUCACGGCCGCUGGCAUGGCGAGGUGGCCAUCCGGCUGAUCGACAUCGAGAGGGAUAAUGAGGAACAGCUCAAGGCCUUCAAGCGGGAGGUGAUGGCCUACAGGCAGACGCGGCAUGAGAACGUGGUGCUCUUCAUGGGUGCCUGCAUGAGCCCACCCCACCUGGCCAUCAUCACCAGGUGUUCAAAAGACCCAAAGGAGUGCACCGAGCAGGGAACAGACCAAGUAUCUUCAAAGGCAAGGAAGGGGUCCCAGCCAUCUUCAGAAUUUCCGCAGCUGAGGCCCGUCCCUCCAAGCCUGUGUAAGGGACGGACUCUCUACUCUGUGGUGAGGGACGCCAAAAUCGUCUUGGAUGUCAACAAAACGAGGCAGAUUGCCCAAGAAAUUGUGAAGGGCAUGGGCUACCUGCACGCAAAGGGGAUCCUUCACAAGGACCUCAAGUCAAAGAAUGUCUUCUACGACAACGGGAAAGUGGUGAUCACAGACUUCGGGCUCUUCAGCAUUUCCGGGGUGCUGCAGGCCGGCAGGCGAGAGGAUAAACUCCGCAUCCAGAAUGGCUGGCUGUGCCACCUGGCACCAGAGAUCAUCCGCCAGCUGUCCCCCGACACAGAGGAGGACAAGCUCCCCUUCUCCAAGCACUCAGAUGUCUUUGCACUCGGCACAAUUUGGUAUGAACUCCACGCCAGGGAGUGGCCUUUCAAGACCCAACCAGCAGAGGCAAUCAUCUGGCAAAUGGGCACCGGCAUGAAACCCAACCUCAGCCAGAUCGGCAUGGGAAAAGAAAUCUCGGACAUUCUUCUCUUUUGCUGGGCCUUUGAACAAGAAGAAAGACCUACCUUCACUAAGCUCAUGGACAUGCUGGAGAAACUGCCAAAGCGAAACCGCCGCCUGUCUCACCCCGGACAUUUCUGGAAGUCUGCAGAGCUGUGACCGUUGGACAAAGGGACAGCACUCAGCUGCCUCAGCCCCCGAGCCACCUCUCCUUCCCCGCUCUGCCCUCUGCCAGCUCAGGAGGCCAGAGGCUCACCAUCAGAGGGUACCGACCCCGGCCGGCCUGGGAGCAGUGCAUGACCGAGGUCGGCAGCUUCCCCACUCCCCAGACCCAUGCCCUUUUGCCCGGGCAGGGUCGGGGACCCCUGAGCUAGGACUUACCAGGACCAGCCAGGGAGACGUGGAAUUGAUCCGUGAGGCCCCAGGGGCCACGUGGAGAAGAGAACUGGAGGCUGAAUGCAGAGCGCCCCUGGGCCACGGAGACGAGGGCACGAGGCCUACGCGGGCAGGCUCGCAGGACCGGUCUGUGUGUACAUGUGCGUCCCCGUGCACGAUGCCGUUCGCUCUAGGUCCCCUGGGACAAGCGAGAGCCAGGCCGCCCCGGCUCUGGAGCGCCCCUCUGCUGACUUGGUCCCUGGGUGGUGGGUUCCAGCUGUGCUGUCUGGAAAGAUGGGGUGGGGUGGGGAGCUAAGCACCAGCUUCGUGGAGGCCUUGGGGCCCAGACCUGGGCAGGGGGGCUAAACUGCUCCUGUGUAAACAUCUGUUCCCCCAGGCCUGUCAUGGGUUUCGGCCUCUUUGCAUAUAGCUCCGAAGUACACAGAACAGUCUUGUAUGUCUUUUGAGCUCUGGGUCUCUCUGGGGUGUGGUUCCCAUUUCUGCCGCCUUCGCCUGUUCUGGGAGAGCACCGUCCCUUUUGGCCUCCUUGCCCCCAUGCUUCCCCCUGCCAUUUGAAAAGCACAGUGGCUUCCUGGCCGAGAUGACUUCUGGGGACUCCUUGCAGCUUGCCUUCGCCCACGACACCCCCCUGAAGCCUGGGCCCUGAGAACUGGGGGUCUGGGGAGGAAGUUCUAGGACAUUCCUUCUCCCUCCUCCUGUUCUGGCAUCUACACCAGCUAAGUUUGUCCACCACGGCGAUGGACGUGGGUCCCUAAUAUAUGUAUGUUGGAUUUCAUGGCAUAUGCAUGGCAUCCUGUUUGCAAAGGAUCCCCCCUUUUCACCCUUAAUAAGUCCUGUUGGGGAGGCGGGGAAGGAGGCGGACGUUCAUUCUCAGCUCCAGCCUGGUGUGGAGCCCUGAGUGGUUUCCCCAUGAGAGGUCUGCCUGCGCUCUCUCAGGGCCCAUGCCUUCUAUCCCUCUCUGUUGCUCCCUCCUGGGCUGGUGGCUUUUCCCAGCCACUCGGGACCACGUGUUCUAUAGGAAGGAUCCAGGAAGCAGGUCGGGUGUGCAGAGUCCUGCUGGGGGCCUCGGUCCUAUGUUCUUAUGUUCCAUCCCUUACGAGGGUAUGUCUCCUGUUCCCAAAGACCCUCUGACCUGGCACCAAAAGGACAUCUGUCCCCCAGCAGGGCAGUGGCAGGGCAGCUGGCCAGCAGGCAGGAUACCCAGGGUCAGCCCAUAGCCUCUCCACACUCCCCGGGCACUUCCCAGGCUUGGUUUUCUUCUGGUCACUACCUUAUCCCGAUGGCCCCCUCUCAGAGAGGGGACCAAAGACUUCAAAAACCUUGCCUGAGUAUAGAUUCAACAUCCCACCUGAUGUAAGGGGUAUGUGCGGGUCUUCCCCACCUUGGGUGAUUUCCAGACUGGUUCAUGCUUGAGGGGCCAAGCCUGCUUCCAAACUGGGAAAAAUGAUGAGCUAGCCAUGCUUCCCGAGACCCUGGCCAAGGGGAAAACCAUGAGCCUCCCAGGGGGCCUUCCUGAAUGGACUCCCACCUGCAAAAGACCGGAGACUAAAGGCCCCCGUGUGGGCUGUUCCUAAGUGGAUGGUCCUCUUCUUGGGGCUUCUGUAUGUAACUCUGUGGCUCUUGGCUCAACAUUUGUGUAUCUUAGGGUCGUUUUAUACACACUGGCACAAAUCCCAGCAAGCCACUCGGCAGACCAACCCCAGACAUGGGUGUGAACCUGCCUGGGCUCUGCCCAGCGGCCCCUCCAAGGCCUGAAGUCCAACCCUGGCUUCUGUUUAAUCCAACCAGGACUUUGGGGUCUGUGCACCCCAGUCUUUGUCAUGGACCUGAGCGCAGGAAAGGAAAUGAGGAAGGGAGGAAGCGGGCAGGACGCAUCUACCCCGAAGCCAAAAUGCUCACCAGGACAGCAACUGGCUCCUUCUUUCUGCUCUCAUUUCCAGAAUUCAUUAACAUGGUCACCCAGAGCCUUUGGCAAGACCCUGCAGGGUCUCCAAAGACUGCUCUUUCCGUCUGUUCGUGACCACCAGCUUAAGAUUGAGGACAAUGUGUGAGGAAUCCAGGCAGAGACCCCAGCCUUCCCGGUUCCCUAGGACCUUCUCUGCUUAGCGAAACAGGGUUCCCUGGGCCUGUCCUGGGCCCCAAGUCACCUGAUCUUGAUUUCUCCCUCUUCUCCCACAGUCUUACCUUGCCCCCACCUUCCUCAGUCUCCACAGCAGCCAGGCUGCCCCAGGUUUCCAGCCCCUUCCUGCCGCCCCCCACCCCUCCUCCUGGCGACCACCUUGAAUUGUUUAGAGGGCAGUUUUAAUUUGCAGACAUUUCAAUUCAGUGGGAACCAAACCUCUGCUUUCCCUGCUGACCUCAAUCUUAUUCAUGAGUCAAGUAUUGGGAGGAGGUCAUAUUCAUUAAUCUUUUGCGAGGAAAGAAAAAGGGAGGUGUGUGUAUUUUUACAUCGUAAUUGCUUGACUCGUUCUGUAGAAUCCACACAACCAAGAGUUGUGUGUGUGCACCUGUGCUGGUCACAGCUGUGUGCAGGUGUCCCAUGCCCAGCCGUGAGCUGUUUAUCUCUGUGCCCUGCUUUGAGCAAACCGUGGUACCCACCAGCUUCCCAAGUACAUCGGUCCACAGAGUGAAGAUUCACAGGGAAGCCUUGACUUUGCCUUCUUUGAAGGGCUUCUGGAUUUGCACACUAAAUUCCAUCCAACUCCCCGGGCCAUGUGUAUUUCCUAAAAUGGGGACUCCUUUCUGGGGGAACCCCCUUGGCCAUAUGUGGGGAUAUCCCCAUGUCACCUUCCACAGCAUGAACUUGAAGACUCGAAGUCUUUACUUAAUUCUGUUUUGCCCUGGUUUUCCUUUUGCUGGUCAAAGAGAAAAAAAAUCCCAUCUUGCCACAAACCAUCCCCCUCUUUCUGGAUUCUUGAUCCAUAGAAACCUUGGACUGAUCUCUGAUGACUAGACUCUUGUAUCUAGGAUACCUGGUUCUGCCUCUUUCCCACCCCACCCCCUCAAAACCAGACUUUAUCACCUCCCAUGAUUAUUGUCCCCCCCACCGCCAGUGGCUGAUCAUCUCAGGAACGUGAACAAGGUGGCAUAUGCUCAGCCCAGGCCCAAUCCCUGUCUUGAGAAAUCUAGAACCAGGGUUGGCAAAUUAUGGCCCCGGGCCAACCCACCAAAUAGUUUUCACCUUCUCUAAUUGGGGAAAAACCAGAAGAAGAUUUCAUGAUGCAUCAAAACCCCAUAGAAUGCAAAUGUCAAUGACAGUCAACAAAAUUGUAUUGGCACGGGGCCACAGCCAUUCAUUUACAUAUGAACCAUGGUUUCUUCUGUGCUACAGCGCCACAGUUGACUACUGGUAACGGACACAGUGUGGCCCAUAAAGCUGAAAAUAUUUAUAACCUUGACCUUUACAGAAGACUUUUGCCAACCUCUGCCCUAGGGGACUGUCUUCCCGAAGAAGCAGCCAACUUGCAUAUGGCGCCCAAGAGAAGAACGGGAACCCGGCUGGGAGUUACAGGGGCAGAGAACCUGUUCCAGUGAGGGAAGAACUUUCUAACAGCUUGCCCCAAGAUGUAGUGGGCCGCCUGGGGAGGUAGAAAGCUCCCUGUCCCUGGAGAGGGAUGCGCAGACAUUGAGGCCACUUGGUAUACACGAUAAAGAGGGAAUUCAGGCUUUGGAGGAUAGAGGGACAGGUUCUAAGACUGUAUUGGGCCCAGCCUGCCAUAACAAAAUAUCUUAGAUGGGUGACUUCGGCAACAGAAAGUUCUCUCUCGCAGUUCUGGGGGCUGGAAGUCCAAGACCAAGGUAUCAGCAGGAAUGGUUUCUCCUAAGACCACCCUCCUUGGCUUUCAGCCUCUAGCUGUGUGCUCAUGUGGCCUUUUCUCUGAGCACGCACAUCCCCAGUGUGUCUCUCUUCUAGGACACCGGUCUGAUUGGGUGGGAGCCCAUCCUUACGACUUUUUCAUCUUAAUCACCUCUUUCAAGGCCGUACCUCCAAGCACAACCACCUUGGUGGUUAGGGCUUCGACAUAUGAAUUCAGGAACAUACGGUGAGGUGUGUGCUACGGUGGGGGGAGCGGUUCAGUCCCUAACAAAGACCCUUGAUAUUGCUAAGACCGUGAUGGUAGGGACCUUCUGGGCAAUGCUCCUAUUCCUGGCUCUCAUUCCCAUGCUGUUCUCAACCUGGAGUCCCCAGAUUUGCCCUCCCUGUCCUCACCCCCGCCAGCCUUCACCCAGCUGCCCCCCAAGGACUGGUCUCGUUCCAAAUAUUCCACCACCCAGGCCCCUCCUGACUGGGGCCGCCAUAACAAAGCCCACACACCAGGCAGCUUAAAAUGACUGUCAUGGAUUCUCUCACGGCUCUGGAGGCUGGAACCCUAAAAUCGAGGUGUCAGCAGGACCGCGCUCUGAUCCCCCCGCCCUGCAAGGGUGUCCCUUCCUGCCCUCCUCUUGUUAACUUCCGGUGGUUUGCUGGUCGACUUUAGCAUUCCUUGGCCCGCAGCUGGAUCCCUCCAUCGUCUGACUCCACCAUCACAUGGCCUUGCUGCGCAUCUGUCUCGCGUGGCUGUGUCGUAGAAGGACACCAUCCCGCUCAAGUUUGACCUCACCUUAACUCAUGAUACCCUCAACCACCCUGUUUCCAAGGAAGCUCACAUUCUGAGGUAACCAGGGCCUAGGACCUCAGCAUAUCUUUUUUUUUCUUUUUUUGGUGGCAGGGACACGAUUCAACCCUAACACCCUCUAAGGAGCUUUCUCCCAUGCCUUGACUGGUCACCUUGGUCCCUCCAUAGCAGACCCCCUAGGACAAAGGUCCCAGAAUCCCUGGGCCAUGAGGGUCAGGACACCGAGGUGGCUCUUCUCAAACCCGACACCUUCCUCCCUGGGUCCUGUAGUCCCGGACUUCGUCUCCACAGCUGAGGCCGGGUAGCGUGUCUGUUGUGGGGUGGUCACUUGACCACCGAAUGCACUCGUUUCAGCCCAGUCUGAAGGGGUUGCCGGCACGACAACCCCUUUAGUGGAUGCUCUUGCCCAGUGGCAAAGGAACAGACUGUGGCGAGCUGUGCACCUGCUGCGGCCUUUUUUGGCCAUGCCUGUGAAGGGAGGAUGUUUCGAGCAGGCUCAGGCGGAUGUGCCCCCUGGGCCCCAGUCGCCCCUAACCCCCCCACUGCGGCCUGCACCUACGCGCACCCACGAGGGAGUAGUCCUGACCUCGGAGGGGAAGGAGAGGCAAAUGCAGUCUGGGCUUCAGAACACGGGGACCCGGGGGCUUGAAGAUUCUCGUUCUUCCUGACUCUCCCCGCGUCGUGCCAGCUGGACCAUGAGCCUCUCCAGUCACUGCUCCUGACGAUCAACCCGAAUGAUUGGCUUCUGUCUUGAGGUCCUACCAGCCACGCCAUUCUCUAAUGAGGCAGAGCGUCAGUGGGAGGCCUUCACCCUGAGCGCCUCGACUCGCCUAUGUGCUAGCACCUGGCCUACUGCCUGGCACAUAGUAGACGCUACGGGAUGCAGAGAGGGAGAGUUGCUGGGUGAGAGCGAGGCACGGGCACAAGGAGCUAGAUGCCCUUCCUUGCAGGGACGGCAGAGCGGAUCCACAGACAGGGCCCGGCGCCGAUGGGAUUCCCACAGCCAGGCCCGUGCUGUGGAUCCCACAUCAUCCCAAGUGGAUCUGCCAGGUUCAAUGCACUUGACUCCUAGAGACCCAUUGAUCGGGUGUCCCAGGGCAUCUGGGCCCUGAGAGGCAAGAGUGGUGAUCCGUCUCUUGGAGCCUCAGUUCACUGAGUACUUACUAUGUCCCAGGCCACCUGAAUCCCCAAGACGGGACAGUCCUGGGAGCGAGGUACCAUUACCCACAUUCUGCAGGUGAAGAAACUGUGGGAAAUAGAUGGAAGCCAGCCUAUGAAGUGGUAGAGCCAACAUGUUAAACAGGAGUCUUUGGACUCAUGCGCGCCCAGCCUAACCCCAUCACCAUUGUGAGUGGCUUAUGCCCAGCUGCCCAUCGGGAUAUUACUGUACCAGCCUCUGACGUCAUGUGCAGCUUGUAACCGGGAGAGAGGGAGGGAAAACAGGAAGCGAUUGAAGGAAGGUACGGGAGAGGGUGGGGACCCUCGGGGGAGUUUGCACAGAAUCUCUCACUUGUGCUCCCAGAAUGACAGGCUGCCAGCGGCUGGGUCCCUGGGUCCCUGGGUUCCUGGGUUCCUGGGUCCCUCCAGCUUCCCUGCUGCGAGCAGCCUGUGCCAUCAGCCCGGCCCUCUGCCUCUCUUAUACUGGACAGUUUUGUGAUCCCCUGUCCCAAGAAACUCACCAGUGAGUGCCCCUCCCUCUCAGGGGUGGGAAAAGGUUCUCUUCCUGCUCAUUGGGAUCACACAGUCCCUUUCCUUAAUACCAAGAAUACGAAGGAUUCAUCUCUGUGGGGCUGAGAUGGCUGCUGUCCCACUGAGGACUGAGCUGGAGGAAAUGGGUUCUACCUGAAGUUUGCCUCAUCUAGGUUAUGGCCUAGCUUACCAAACAUGUUCCAUAGACCUUUGAUUUCACAGCAAACUAGAUGGAAAUAAUGCUGCAUUAUCAGAAGGGUCCCGGGACAAAUUUGCAUUGGAAAUGCUUGCGUAAAACAAGAUCAAAUUUAUUUCUUGGUUGCAGGACUUACCAGAGCAUUUAACCACACUACUGUAUGCUUGAAAUCUUUAAAAGGCUGAUAGCAGGCUGCUCUUCCCAAGCUCUCCCAGACUGGUUUCUGAAUCCAACAGGACUAACCUCUGUGAAUUUGCCUUGAUUACUUGCAUGGUACUUUGAGGGCGAAGGCCAGUGUGCUGGCCCACAGAAAAGAGCACCAGGAUUUACCAAGCACCUGUCUAAGAGUUGGCCUCCCCAGGGGCUGGUACUGUGAAUGAUGAACUGGAAGGUGAAUGAGAUGUAUCUGGGCAGAGAGACGAGGCUGGGGAUGGCCACUGGCCACCAGAUGUUCCUGUAUUUCCCUUCAAUGCUGGUGGGAAACGCUGAGUCCCAGAAAACUUUGCCCCUGUCACCUCACAUGCUCUGCCCAGGCCUGCUGAGGGCAGACCUCCAUUCCAUGCAUGUGGACGGCGGUUUCAUGCACAAGGAUGCACGGAGUAGAAAACUCUAGCUGAUUGUGUCUUUCACUGGAGGGGGCCGAAUUUGCUGUGUGCUGGGGACUGUCCCAACAUACCGUGGCUCGGAAACCAAUGUGGAAAUAUUAGAGGAUGUCCUGCCUUCAGCAAGGGGAGGAGGAGUGUCAGCUGGGUCUUCAGCAGAAUUUUUAUCUUCAACUAGGUUAUUGGGAUGAAUGUCUAGAAUGAUCUAGAAGGGUGAUCUAGCCCAAGGAGGGCAAACAUGUGCCAUUCCUGCCACUGCUGCUCCCUCCUAUACCCUUGGCAGACAUUACUAAUCAAUCACGGCAUGCCUUUCUGCUGAGCACAGAUACAGCCUUAGAGCAUCAGAGUAACCAUCCCUGAUCUCCUGCCACCUCUCCUUUUAGAGACAGAGCUCAGGCCCCGGGAAGAAGGUAAAGCCUCCCAGCCUUGGUCCUUUCUUAGACGCAGAGGUGGGUUUAGUACCGAGGCCUUGGAAGCUUCCAGAAGGGCAAUCAUUUGAAGUUUUGGCUGUAGCUGGUGACAGUCUGUAAGGCCCUUGCGGACGUUCAUUUUUGGUCAGGAAAUUUAGGAAAUGCAGAAAGAAAGAUUCUGUCAUUAAGACCCUGUAGUAUGAUCCUAUUGGGUGACCUGCCUGCUUGCGGAGAAAUCAUUUAUCUUCCAGGGAACUGCUUCUCCUCAAGGCCUGAAUGUUACCACCUACCACAUAACAGCUGGGCUGGAAGGCCCGGGGACCUUAAGGAAAUAUGGGGUGUGUGUGUGUGUGUGUGUGUGUGUGUGUGUGUGUGUGUGUGCAUGGUGCUAGGCAGGGGAGCAGGAAGUGCUGUGCUUGGAGCGGUUUGUCAAAGUUUCUGUGGUUCCAUACAGACAUCUCUGAAGUUAAGAGAUGUUGCAUAUAGAGGGGAGGAAGAGGAACCGACUCCAAUUGCUUUUGGUUUCUUCCCUGCAAGGAAGGCUCAAAAUCAAAUUGUCACCCCAGUGAAAUUCCCUGAGGUCCUAGUGGACCACCAGCUCUACUCCUGAGCUCCUGAAACGGCUGCGAUGGCUCGGUGGCUUGAGAGUGCUUUCCGCCCGCUCCCUCUUCAUUCCCUUCCUCCUCUUAUCCUCCACCACCACCACCCCCUGCUUGAUAGCAUCUCCCCCCGGACCGUGAGCCGAGGAGAAAGUUACACAAUAGUAGAGACGAGAAAAUAGCUGCCAUGUAUUUAGCUUAAAUUAGCUCAGAAGAAAGCCUCCCUCCCUCCAUUGAGCGGGCAGCAAUUGUUUAUGCCAACGUGCUAUUUGCAUCGUGCCUUCUUAGAUUUGAAAGUCUAAUGAUCAAAAACAAAUCUUAGUUUUUCUUUUCUCGACACUUAAAAAAAAAAAAAACAAAAA